UGAAAAGAAAGUGCCCGGAUGUUAACAGCAAACCGGUCUGAAAGACAACACGAAAUAAUAGAAAUGAUUAGAAAAUGUGUUUGAAUUUAAUAUGGUCAUAUCACAGCUGCAAGCCGUUUUGUAAGUCAGCAAUAUAGCACAGAGCAUGUCUUCUGUUUCUCAAAUACGGUCAUGGUUUGAAGUUCCAGCUAUUGCCCACUACUGCUAUUUGUUUCGGGCCGCGUUUGACCUGACAGAAUUUGAGAUUGAGGACUUCGAAGAUUCGCUUCUUAUUGACGGCGCCACAGAGGGACAAGAAACAAGUUUUCUUCCAGAUCUUCUUGCUCGCCUACUUCGAGGAUUGUACAAAACAAAGGACAUUACGAGCAAGAAUUUUGAAAAAUAUCUCUAUGACUUGCUAGACUACCAUUACACGUGCUUAGAGAGCAAAGAAAACCCAGUCAAAGAAGUUUCUUUCAGCCAACUCCCAUGUAGAACAAAGGUGACUAUAUUGUAUGACAUUUGUCAUUGGCGCUUGGAAGUUGAUGACAUUCAAGAUCUACUGAAGGGCAAAGAAGCUGACACCUUGAGAAUAGAACCGAUUGGAAGGAACAGCAAAGGUGACACAUUUUGGUACUUCUACGGCACGCGGUUAUAUAAAGAAAGUUUCCCUGAAGAUAACUUGAAACACAUCAACGGAGAGAAAAAUGGAAAGCACAUUAAGAAGAAUGGACGUGUUUACCUCGCGGGAAAACGAAAACGUGAUCGUAAAUGGAUUGAUUCUUCAUCUGAUUAUGAGACUGGCUCUGACUGGGAGAGUCAGGACUCACAUUUUACUCUCGAUGGAUCGACAACAAACGCAAUGAGAACUGGCGAAGGAACAUGGUGUCUGGAAUGCUCCACAGGUGAUGAAUGGAACGCUGUGGCAGAAUCACUAAGAAUCAGCAAAGAGAAGAAUGACGUGAUGUUGUUAAACGUUCUUGAAGAACAAUACCUCGAUAAUAUUGCACAAAUGAUUGAGGCGAAGGAAAAGGCGCUGCAGAAGAAGUAUCUACUCGAGUCAAACCCUAGACGUGCUUCUGGGCGCAUUGCUUUGAAGUUGGUUCAAAAAGAGGAGGAAGAGAGGGAGAUUGAGGAACAACGAAUUAUUGAAGAGGAGCAGAGAGCCCGUGAGACGGAAGAACGCAAGAAAGAAAUGGAGGAAAGAAAGAAGAAAGAAAGAGAAGAGCGUCUACGUGAACGGGAGCGGGUUGCGGAGGAAAGAAGGCUGGAGCGUGAAAAAAGACUCAAACACCGGGAAGAACAGAAGUGGGCUAUGGAGAACCCCGAGUUAGCCUCACAGUUUGGUCUGUCUUUGAGAAAUGGUGAGCUAAGUAUUGACGCUGAUGACAGGGAAAAAAGUGACGAAAGCAAAUCAAGUAAUGGCAACAUAAGGGACGAAGACGAAUACACGGCAAUGUUUAAGAUUAUAACAGCUUUGAAGAAACACAAAGAUGCUUGGCCAUUUUUAGAGCCGGUUGAAGAAUCAUAUGCUCCACAGUACUACGAUAUCAUCAAGAACCCGAUGGAUGUAUCCACCAUUGAGAAAAAGUUAGAUGGCAGCGUUUAUACAAAUAGAAAUGAUAUGUCUGAAGACGUGAAACUGAUUUUCGCGAAUUGCUUAACUUAUAAUGGCCAAGACAGUCCCUAUACGAAAAUGGCCAAUAAUCUCGAAAGAGCAUUCAAUAAGUACUUUUCUAAAGAGUUCCCGGAAGAAACAGCCCUGAGUGAUGAGGAUUAUGUAGAGGAAGACGAAAACCCAAAGAAACGAAAACGCAGUAAGCAAAUGAAGGGAAAUGAAAGAGGUUUUGUGAAGAUCAUCAAACCUAAUGACAUGAACCUCUCAAUGUCCAAAGCAACUUUUGGUGACCCGAGACACUCCAUUGCAGAUUCCAAGCCAACUCCUGGGCUCAGCUCACUUCAGCUACCGAAUGGUGUGUCGUUUCCUCCUCAAAACAUGAUGCGGUUCGGCAAUGCGGUAUUCCCAACAGAGGUUCUCCGCGCACCGUUAAUGCAGACCCAACUAAGAGGCACUGGAAUAUAUCAGCUUAUCAAUACAGCAAAUGGGGCAAGCAGCGUUCAAAAGCCAGGUGCACAUCAGCCCAGAAUCGCCUUUGCUAACAGGCCCCAAAUUGUAGGUCAGACCGCUACAUCGUCGCCUUUCCUUAAUAUGAUGCUGCGGGCUCCUUCAACAGCGACAGCAUCAUCAGGACAAGAGUCACUGCAAUCUAUGGACAGUCAAAGGGCUAUAAACUCUCUGAUUAAUCAGCAAGCUAUUAUCAGAGGAAUACUAGGCAGUUCUGCAACCGGUGGCAAUGCACAGUCCCGUCCACAGCUCACUACAGAGCAGUUGCAGGCACUCCAACAGAAUAUUUUCUUACAGCAGCAACUGCAACAGGUUUUCCAACUUCAACAACAACAAGCUCGCCAGCAACUGCAACAGCAACAUGUCGAGCUGAUUCAGAAAAGUGUAAAGCAAGUACAACAGCAACAACAACAACAACAGCAGCAGCAGCAGCAGCAACAACUGCAACAGCAACAACAACAACAGCAGCAGCAACAACUGCAACAACAACAACAACAACAGCUGCAACAACAACAAUUGCAACAACAGCAACAGCAACAACAUUUGCAACAGCAAAAGCAACAACAACAAUUGAAAGAAGAUCGCAUUCAGCAGUUGAGACAGAUGACGCAGCAAACAGCUGUUAAAGAGCAGCAACAGAAUAUUCAGGCAAAGCAUCAGAAGAGUUUGCAUCAGUUGCUGGAUAAAGAGGGGAAACAAACGCCAGAAGAAAAAGAAGACCAUAAUCUGCAACAACAGCUACAACAACAGCUGCAACAACAGCUGCAAAAGCAACUGCAACAACAACAACAGCAGCAGCAGCAGCAGCAGCAGCAGCAGCUGCAAAAACAGCUGCAGCUACAACAGCAACAAAAACGAAUUCUGGAACAAAAACAGGCCCUGUCACAAGGGAGUUCAAGUAAAUUGAUCAAGGAGUCCCAGUCUGAGCAAGAGGCGGUCCAGCAGAAACAGCUACAGGAUUUGGCACAAAAACUGUCGCUUCAGCGUCAGCAAAUGCAACAUUUGCAGAUAACUAAGCAACAGCAGCAGCAGCAACAGCAGCAGCAACAACAACAGCAACGAGCUCAAAAAACCAAAGCUGCCACAGCGCAACACUCAGAGAAACAGAUAAAGAAGACUUCUGCACCACAUGAAGCAAUGAUUCAUUUCAUUAAAACAUCCAAAGCCAGAAUCGAUCUCUCGCAAAUUAGCUUGCAAAUGACAUCAUCGGGACAAACGCAAACUGUUCCUGUGGGAGUCACUUCACAUGUAAAUAUGUCUCUAGCGGGAAAACAGGAGAAGCCGACAGCCGAUUUGAGUACCCAGAAAAUUGACGAGCUGCAUGCGAUCAUCGAAGACCCUAUGUCAGAUGAAAACCGAAACAAGCGAAUCAGCAUCGAGGAAAGCAACAAAAGGGUGCGAAAGUGGCUGAACUCAGAAACCUCUUACUUUGGUCCACUAGAUGAAGAUCAUACCGAAUCCAAAGGCGCUAGAGAUUCUAGUGAGAAGCGUCCUGUGAAAAUUUUAAACGCAAAGACGGAAGUAAUUGAUCAAGGUAAUGUCGUGUUUUCCACGAAGGCCAUUCCCCCUCUUGCUAGUGUUGGGUAUUCUUUACCGGGAUAUUCAUCAGUUUCAGCCUCCGUUUCAUCUCGAGAUGGGCGAAAUCCAAAUGUCUUACAGCAUUCUCUGCCUCAAGGAUUGAGGUACCAGGAGAGUUCUGUACCACAACACAAUGUUACUAGUGGAAAGCAAUUCAAGGAUAUUCGUGGUCAAUUAACCCCUCAAAUAGCUGGGAAUAAAACUGCCUUUCAUAUUGAGAAAUUGUUCUCUGCAUCAAGUUCGAGCCAUCCAUCAAGUGCGAGCCAUCUGAGCCAGCCGACGAAGCUUACAACUGCCACCCCGGACUCGCAAACUGCUUUGAAAGACUAUCUUAGUUUUGUUGGAAAUGCCCCGAAAGUGUCAGACCAUAAAAAUAGACAGACAGAACCCUCUAAUUCUUUUGAUAAGGAAGUUUCAGCUGAGAUGGGGAUGCAAUUGCCUCGAUCUUUAAGUGGGCAGAUGCAAGUGCUUUCUAAGCCGGGUAGCCUAAUUCAAAAUGCCCCCGUAUCAAAUAUUCGUUUAAGUGCCCAAGGAACAUCUUCAGAAGAGCAUCAGACUUUUUCGGCCAUACCGCCGCUUCGCGUGACUCCUACUGCGUCGCAAUUGAGUCCACGAAUGAGCUUUGCACCCGUUCAGCACCGAAUGGCUAAUGUAAACAGAAGUAUAACACCAACUCGUGAAUCACCAGCGUCACGGGGGUCAUCUAUGUCGCCGCAAGCUUCUUCGAUGAAGACUGAUAUAUCGAGCACAAAGCAGACGCGUCAGGAUUCCACCAAAGGGUCGAUCGCCUCUCCUAGGGCAUCUCCACAGAAUGCUCCUAAAGAUAACAAUACCCACGCUGAAUCCCCUAUAGUUAGACCAGGAAUCGCGUUUCAAGCACCCACACUACAGAACACCAAUAAGCCUAUUUUACCUAAGUUACCGUUCACUACAGACUAUCUUCAUUCUGCUGCCCCUAUGCAAAGGCUUCAUUUGCAACAGCAGCAACAGUUUGCGGAGAUAAUGAGGAAUAGAUUCAUGGAAAACCAAAGAUUUGCAGCUGUUGACAUGUUCCGGCCACCACAUAUCGGGGCAGUUUCGUCCCAGUUUAAACAAGAUCACCACGAAUCAAAGUGAGGAGCUUGCGUGGAUCCAAUUGACAGCCUGUUAUAUUUGCUAAUAUUUUCUAUUCUUGUUCAUUUUUCAUAGUUUUCUAGUACGCAAGGACUCAGUAAAUGUCAAAUAUUUUGAUGGGUUUAUUUAUGAAAUAUGUGACUUGAAAAUAUAUUUACAAACAUCAUUCACAAAAUGCUUUAAUCUCAUUAUAGUUAUAAGUUACUGCAACUUCUUUAUUUGUUCAUGCAACAAUUGUCAAACUUUUGGUAUUUUUCUUUCAAAAACUUAGCUUGUACUGAACCUUAUACUUUUUAUGUUAUUGACUGCUGCGCAGCAGAUUUCCCAGAAUGCACUUUCGAGCUUGUCUUCUUAGGCUUUGAAGUUUUUUAGCAAAAUUUUACUGUUUGUGAUUAACGGGUUUUUGGAAAUGUUAUCAGUCGUCUUUAUAUCUCUUAAAGACUCUUCCCUGUUCAUUCGGCUCGUUUAAAUUUCAUUCUCUCAGUGACAAUCCCAUUGCAGUUUCCAUGAUAGACAAUCCAAGAACCUCCAAUAUGAAUCUUAAACACAAUACAACCGUUUUUAAUCAUCAAAACAUAUGAUAAAUAGUUACCAUCAUUUUAUAUUUGUUAAAAAUGUGUCAUCACUGAUUAAUUUUAUGCAUUUUUAAUUCAUUUGGUUAUUGUCUUAACCUUUGAAAACAUAAAUGCAAAUUCUAAUUUCCAGUGGUUUUUAGUAGCCAAAAAUCUCCCGUUAAUUUUCCCGCAGUUACCCAUAGAUUGUCGCAGAAUAACGGUUGUUUCGCGUGAAACAGCUAUGUUAAACGUUUUCUCUACCUCUUAGAACCGUUUAGAUUUUGGUUUGGGCAGAAGAUGCUGCUUCCCACAUAAUUUCGUCGUUUCUGACUUUCCUACCAUGGUCUGUGUUCUUCCUUUAUAUCCUCAAGCCCUUUUUAGGACAAUCUUCGGCGCAGAGUUUUAUGCUCGCAAACUCUUGGUGCGGAAUUUCGGCGCACAAAAGUGUCUUAACGGCAUUUUCUUAUGUUUUUAACUAUAAUCUUAGUGCAGGUACACUUGAACCUUGUUAAAGACCUUCAGUGCAUGUAACAUGUCCGUUUGAUCCUGGGCUGUCGGUAGUUGCAGUCCCUUCUUCAUAAGCGCAAGAAAAUAGCGAAAUGAUUUCACUAGGCUUUUAAUGAAGAUCUUCCACAUGUCUGUCUCAAAGACCGAGAUACAACGUUUUGUUUGGGGGCCAGCCCUGAUAAAUAGAUAUAGAAGCAGCUAUAUAUUACAAAAUAAAAGUAUUUUACUUAUACCAGCUAAGUCUUUUUGGGGGAGCCCCCGACCCCCGGUAUCUCGGUCGUUGGUCUGCCUGCUAGGUUUUUUACUACAAUCCCCUUUGUUGCUGUCGCGUGUAUCGUAGGUGCCCGAUCUCUCUGCCAGCAACGAUUUAUUCUGCUCAAGACAUAAUUCCUCCCCAAUCUAUUACAAAUCAUUUGCUAUUAUAAUUUUUCCGGAAGUUAUUAUUCUAGGAAAAAUUAUUCUUCAAUUUUGUUCUCAAACUCAUGAUUUAGGCAUUAUAAUGUUAAAAAAUGGAAGCAACAAAAAGAAACCCCCGAAGUUUCUGGAUCAGCUAAGGAUCUGGGGCUAAUGACGUAAUAGAAUUGCAUACCUACGGGGUCUUACGAUAACAUGGAUCAAAAGGGACCUUCGAUACCCGCAUGCACAUCGAUUAUUUUAUAAAGUAUCUUUAGAAACUGUUAUUGCUUAUUAAUCGUAUUUUCACUGGAGAUUGACCUUUCUUCUUAAAUGAAAGAUUGUUAAAAUAAAUUUUGUCUUCGUUGUAGCUUGUCUAAUUUGUUACUGUUUUGAGCUGAAUUUUCGCUACAAAUAAA